GGCAGCCGCAGCCUCUGAAUCGGGGCUGGGACCGGGGGGCGCCGAGUUUGACUAGUUUGGUGGGGGGAGUCCCCGCCGGCCGCCGUGCCCCGGGGAGCGGCGUCACCCGGGUGGCGAGCGCGUCUCGGAGGCCCCACCGCCGCGGCUGGGCGGUGCUGCGAGCAAAGUUGGAGGCUAAGGGGCCACGGGCGGCUGAGGGGCGGCGGGCGCGGCCAUGGAGCCCCGCGGCGCCGAGUACUUCAGCUCCCAAGUGCUGCAGAAGGACGUGAGCGGCCGGCUGCAGGCGGGCGAGGAGCUGCUGCUCUCCCUCGGCGCGCCCGGCGCCAUCCCAGACCUGGAGGACGACCCGAGUCGCCUGGCCAAGACCGUGGACGCACUCACCGGCUGGGUGGGCUCGAGCAACUACCGGGUAUCAUUAUUAGGAUUGGAGAUUUUAAGUGCCUUUGUGGAUAGAUUGUCGACACGAUUUAAAUCUUAUGUACCAAUGGUUACCACAGCUUUAAUAGACAGAAUGGGAGAUGCCAAAGACAAAAUUCGAGACGAAGCUCAGAACCUAGUGCUGAAGCUGAUGGAUGAGGUGGCACCACCUAUGUACAUCUGGGAGCAACUGGCCUCUGGUUUCAAGCACAAGAACUUUCGAUCUCGAGAGGGUGUGUGUCUGUGUCUGAUUGAAACCUUGAACAUGUAAGUUCUGUGAUUACUG